UUAGUAGAGUUGGUAGAGCACUUGUUUCAGGUGCUUGGGUUUAUAGGAUCAAACCUCAGUUGUCGCAUAUGGGUUUCUCCAAUCUCAAUGAAUGUGCCAUGACAGAUAUAUUAAAGAUCAUGACAUACCAUGGCCUUUAAUGUACUAGUUGGACAUUGUUUGGGACACCUGCACACACCCUUUAAUAUACUAGUUGGACACUGUUUGGGACACCUGCACACACUCUUUAAUAUACUAGUUGGACACUGUCUGGGACACCUGCACACACCCUUUAAUAUACUAGUUGGACACUGUCUGGGACACCUGCACACACCCUUUAAUAUAUUAGUUGGACACUGUCUGGGACACCUGCACACACCCUUUAAUAUACUAGUUGGACACUGUCUGGGACACCUGCACACACCCUUUAAUAUACUAGUUGGACACUGUCUGGGACACCUGCACACACCCAUUAAUAUACUAGUUGGACACUGUCUGGGACACCUGCACACACCCUUUAAUAUACUAGUUGGACACUGUCUGGGACACCUGCACACACCCUUUAAUAUACUAGUUGGACACUGUCUGGGACACCUGCACACACCCUUUAAUAUACUAGUUGGACACUGUCUGGGACACCUGCACACACCCUUUAAUAUACUAGUUGGACACUGUCUGGGACACCUGCACACACCCUUUAAUAUACUAGUUGGACACUGUUUGGGACACCUGCACACACCCAUUUCCAUCACAAAUAAAAAGGAUAUACUUACAAGUGCCUCAUUUAUGAAUUGCAUCCUCUUCUAAGAAAAAUCCUGAUAUUUUGAACUUUAAAAAUGUAUCAAUUUAUUCAGUGUAUCAUUCUUCAUGUUACAUACAGUAAGACAUGCGGUCUUGUUUAAACUUUUACAGGAAUGGUCUCCCACCACAAGAACCCCACAGAAGACCUACCAGUAGUUGUACCAGUAUCUGACGCUAGGGAGGUUUUAGACAUGCAAGAUUUGGAUGCAUGCAGUGACACCUGCAUACCAGUGGACGCCAAUAAUGAUCACACAAAUAUCAAAGUGAAUAAACAUUUCAGGGAGAAAAUGAGAGAAGCUGAAUACAGGAAGAAUUUUGUUCAUACCAUGUCAAUCUGUUUUGCAUUCUUGACACUUGGUGUUGUGGGUGGCCAGCGCGGUCCAUCUCUGCUGGACCUCCAGAUUGUCACGGCCACGGACACACAGCAGUUGUCGCUCUUCAUCACGGCCAUGUCGGCCGGCUACACUUGCGGCUCCUUCCCCGUCGGCUUCCUCUACGACCGCAUCUCUAAGCCUCUGAUGCUCUUCAUCACUAGUCUAACCACCGGACUACUCACUGGGCUGCUUCCAUUCUGUUCCAAUUACGUUGUGAUGCUUGUCGUAAUCUUUGUCGGUGCCAUGCCCAUGGCGGGAAUAGAUGUUGGUGGCAAUGCUGACAUCAUCAGGAUAUGGGGGAAAGAAGGUCGCUCCUAUAUGCAGGCAAUACAUUUCUGUUAUGCUGUGGGAUCGGUGAUAGGUCCCCUUGUGACUGAACCAUUUCUGACACUAAGACAGACUGAAGAGAAUCCUCAUCCCACACAACUCUCAACAAACAUAUCUUCUAGGCUAGAAAUAAUAGAUAAUUAUAACUCAAACACAGAGAAUAGGACAAACACUCUGACUAUCCAUUCAAAGCUUAUAGGUUCAUCUACACAUUCACCAUUUCAAAAUUCAACUACAUAUUUAUCAUUUCAUAAUUCAACCCCACUUUUAUCAUUUCAAAAUGCAACCCCACAUUCAUCAUUUCAAAAUUCAACAAAAUAUUCCCUAUAUCAAAAUUCAACUGGAUAUUCAUCAUUUCAAAAUUCAACCGUAUAUACAUCAUUUCAAAAUACAACCAGAUAUUCAUCAUUUCAAAAUUCAACUACAUAUUCACCAUUUCAAAAUUCAACCACUCACAUGAAAAAAAGAACAACCAUCGUAUACAUCGCUUACAUCAUCGUAGCUGCAGCAUGUAUUAUCGUAUCCAUUCCAUUUUUAUUUCUGCACUGUCAACAGCAACCCAGGGUCGGGGAGAACCAUGAACAGGGAAAUGUGAAAAAUAACCAAACGAGAAAUGCUGGUCUCAAAACCAUUACGGUAACUCUCUUUAUUAUCAUUUUCCUCAAUAUAUUUUACGUAGCAAUAGAGGACACAAUGGCAAACUUCAUGCUGCUGUUUGUUGUGAGAACAAUGACGUGGACAAAAGCGGAAGGCACUCUCAUCACAUCAACAUACUGGGCUGCGUUCGCCGUCUCCCGCUUUUUGGGAAUAUUUUUAAUUCGCUGUUUGUCUCCAACUAAGUGUCUGUUUAUCGUCUACAGCCUCCUGAUUGUUUCAUGCACAGGGUUGCUCUUCUCUGCAGCACAUUCCUUUCAUGCCGGGGUGUGGGUAUCGAUGACGGGUGCCGGUCUAUCUAUGGGAGUUAUCUUCCCGACAAACUACAACUUGAUCUGUGAACACAUCACGGUGACGGGUAAAAUAGCGUCGCUGAUAUCGAUCACAGCGUCCGUGGGGAGUAUCGGCAACCCGGCAAUUCUCGGACCGCUGAUGCAGCAUUAUUCGCCCAUGUGGUACGUGUAUCUGAUUCUUGGAGAAAGUGUUGGGUGUCUCGUCUGUUUUCUGGUCUUACUGAUGUAUUCGGGAACCUGUUGGAAGUCCGUGCCAGCUACAGAUUCCCAGACUAUUGUGAUAGGUGAUGUUACAUGUGAAUUAAUAGCAAAAACAUCCAGUACUGACCAAAAUGCAAUAUCAGAGAGUCAUGCAUAGCCUGAAAUGUACAUAAAACAUUCAGAUUGUCAAAAUGAUUUCUGUCAAAUUUGUCUUGUAGGUAGAAGUGUUCCAAAUAGGAAGGAAGGAAAUGUUUUAUUUAACGACACACUCAACUCAUUUUAUUUACGGUUAUGUGGUGUUGGACAUAUGGUUAAGGACCACACAGAUAUUGAGAGAGGAAACCCACUGU